GUAUAUAUUCUUCCUACUUACUUGUUCACUUCAUCAUUUGCCCAGGCAAAGGGCACCUUCUUGUCUUGUUAUGUUUUUCUCUCUUGCGGGGAUCGGGUGGGGACUGAUAGAUUUAAUUAGCGGCAGUAGACAGGGAGAGAGCGGAUCUACCCCCGAUUGUGCGAUUGUGUUCUCUGUAUAUACCAAUUGUUCUGUUUGUUUUCUUCUUCUUAUCUGGUAUGUUGAGACAUAAAUAAAACCUCUUUCUCUGCCUAAAUUUGCAAUGGACUAGGUCGGUGGAUCGAUUGGUUUGCACUUCCGUUUGCCGGCAUACUUGCUUGCCAGUGUUUGAUCGAGACAGAACGGCAUGGGCUGAGCGAGUAUAGUGAGUGUUCAUCAAACCACCAAACAACUCCCCUUUUGAUGGAAACAUUGCUGUACGCUCUUAUCUGUCUCACUUCUUCCGCCCCCAUAGGUAUAUCUACUCUGUCGUUGCCACAAUGAAUUUUCCCAUCUACACUUUCACCCACGUAUUUUCUCCAACCUAUCACUUUCUCUCAAGAGGAAACAAGAAUUCCUCCCAAAUUCCUCCCCAACAUGCAUAGAACAACGGUCAAAGACACAGUCGCAAAGUUGCGCUCGCUACUCUCUUCCAUCUGCCCUCCAAACACCGUCGACGACGAAGACAUCUACGAUGCAAGCCCAGUAUGCGAAAAAGGUCUACGAAGGAAUAAUCCCGCAUCCCCGAAGAUAAAGAAACCUUCUCAUAGGAUAUCUCAGCCACACAUCCCUUCUAUGAUCCACUGUGAGCCGCCUCGGUUACAGUCAUCAGUUGUGUUUGAAGACCCCGACAAGGGGGGAAACGAACGUCGUCGGAAUGACUCUCUCAUAGUUCAUCCCGAUAUCAGUGUUGAGAACUUAUCGAAUGAAGCCUCUGAAACACCUAAGAAAGGUAAAGACAAGCCUUCUAUACGACCUUUAGCAGAAAUUAUCAUGAAAUGGCGGGGAACUCAGGGGGGUGUUUACUCUGAUUCUGACAGUCAAGUAGAUACUAAUACCGGCAUCGACAUCGGGGAACUCAGAGAGAUUGACAAUGGAAAGAAUGUGGAGAUAUUCACGGAAGUUAAUUCGCUGGACUCUAGUCUUGCGAUGGCUCCGCGGUAUCGGGAGGUGAGUGUUGUAGAGGGGAACGGCGACCAAGAAAGAAAAGUUAGGUCGUGUAAGUGGGAACAGAGGGGGAGUGUGGAUGUGCUGGUUAAUGAUACCUCCGAAGAAAAUCCCAACAUGGAAGAGAAGGAAUUAGAUGGUCGGGAAAAGGAAGAAAAGGAUCAUAGGGAUGAGCGUACAGGUACGCCCUUGUCAUCGCCUCUCCGCCACCACGAUCCACUCACAGACAUCGCAGAGAUUUGUCAAGAGGGAGGGGAAAGAGAAGAUAAGGGAGAAGAGGAGAGGGUAGCUACGCCUCGAACAUCACCGCGCCGCCGCGACUCACUCGUCGAUACGUUGGGUAUUCCACCGCUGGAAUGUAUUACACCGCACCCCCUCGACCUUGACGAACGGGAACCGCGAUUGGAAGCUUUGCCUCCACGGCUUGCACCAUCGCCAUCACUCCCGUCACAAACUUCAUCCCCGCGUACCCCUUCUCCUUCAGCGCAGGCUCCAGAUCUGUCAGAACGGGUAUAUGAGCCGCAAUCACGACCACGGCCUUUACGAUACCCCUUCCUGUUCACUCCAUCGCCAUCUCCAUCUCCGCCACUGGAGCGGUGGCCGCCAGCCUCACCGAAAGGAAAAGAUUCGAUUCCUUCUAAAAAUGAACAGACGUCAGACACCGAUAUAGAUGUACCGAACUAUCCGACUGGCAUGACGCCACGUCCAUCAUCACCACCAUCCCCAUCGCCUACUUCGAACAGCAACGAAGAACAACCCAGACGUCUCUCAGUCAUCACAACGACUGCGCUCACUCCGCCAUCAUCGCCGAUAUCAGAGCGUGUGGCCAACGAGCCUACUUCUGCUAAUGAAGGCGAACUCCAACGUCUCUCCUCCACCUCGGCGAACUCUGUGCAAUCGGUCUACUACACCCCUUUCACCACAAGAUCUGAACUCGAGGCGUUUCGUGGGAGAUUUGCAUCGACUGAUUCUCCGGCUUUUCCAGAUUCUUCACCGUCAGAGGUAUCAGAGAGAUCAGGGAGACGUAAUGAAUCUCCCCGCUCUUCUGCGUCAGUUGGCGCGUCGCCAGAGGUCGAAGUCGGUCUUGGGUUGACAUUUCCGGGUGAAGGGGCUCUGUCGGGUGUCGAAGGAGGAGAAGAGGAUGAGGGGAAUGAGGGGGUGAAUGACGCGACGGACGAGGAGCCAGAAACGUCGUGGGAUACGAUUAUUUCAGUAAUGAGCUUGGGAUUGGAGCAAAGUGAGAAUUUUUAUGGGGAGUGGAAGAAGCAUUGGCGGUAUCGUUGAUCUUGGGAUGAGCGGGUUGGGGUUUCUUUUGUUUUCCCUAGAUUCAUAGAUUUCAUGAUUUUCCUCUGAGGGUUUUCUCUGUGGGUUGGGAGUUGCAAUUUGCUAUGUUUUUCUUUCCAGGGGGACGUACUAGCAUCGAUGGAUGCAGGCGUGAAUGUUUGAUACUCACGUGAUGUUAAAAUCACAUGACGCUUGAC